AUUUUUCUUUAAUGGUUUUCAAUGCGAUAACGAUGUUGUAAUGGUUGAAAAGAUACACGAAGAACUCGUCUCUGUGCUGAAACACCGGAAUGUCAUCAUUAAUGGAUUGUAAAAGAUAACUGAGUCUCUGUAAUGAACUCGCUCACAUUCUCAGCAUUGAGAAAUGGAGAGACAGCAAUGUAAUCCACUUCAAAACUUUGACGAACCUAAAACGGAAAUUUUAAAAAAGAGAUUAUUAAAAUCAGUGAACACGUCAGUGAGCACUAAUUUACCACAAAACAGUCCGCAGCAGAAUGUACUACUAAAUACAUUACGCGCGCCAAUAUCGAGCAGCAUGAUUGUGUCUUCAAUGCAGGCCUCACAGAGCUCCUUACCUAUAACACACAAUUUAGUUACUCAUUCCAUUGCUCCUGUCAAGUUACAUCCAAAUAAUUCUCCAUAUCCUUUGCAGCUGUCCACUGUGCAUGUGCCAGUACAGAUUCCAGGAUCUACUUCCAAUAUUAAUGUCCCUGUUCAAAUAUCAGGACCUACAAACACAGUCCCAUUACAAAUUGCACCUGUUAGCCUUCCUCUCCAAGUCUCGGGAACCACCAGUGUCCCAGUUCAGUUACCAGCUGGUGAGACCAUAAAUGUUCCGCUGCAGAUUCCGACUGCCAAUACAAAUAUUCAACUACCUACAUUACCUUCCAUGCCAGUUCUGCAGAACCAUAACCAAUCCCUCCACAGUUCAAUCAUUCAAGUUCACAUGGGGUCAACAAACCCAAGGUCAACCAACAUGGACUCUGAGAUGACAGUGCCAAGUUCAUCUCACCUACAGAUUUCAGAAACAACUAUUUCACAAGUAAAAGUCAACAAUCCUCUUCCACAACAAGUGCAAGUGGCACAUAACAAUGCCAUGUUGCAGAUGCAAAAUGCUGCAAAUUCUAUUCAAAUUAGAGGAGCACCGAGGCAGGUGCCACAUGUACCACAUGUGGUCUACAUACAAACUCCAACUGGACUGAAGCCUGUUUCCAGUACUGAUGUCAUCACACAAGCAAGUACAAGUGGAAACCCACCACAAAUCAUAGUAAGGAGACCAGUAACCACAAAUUCAAAUUUACAUUUGAUAUCAAAUGUAAACACCAAACCUAACAUAGCACCAAAAGUGAAUGUACAGAACAAGUCUUCUAUCUUGGCUCCAGUCAAUGCUAGUCAGCCAAUAGUGAUACAGAAACCAAAGUCUAAUAACGACAAGAUGAUGGUGCCAGUCAGCAUUGCACCCAGCAACCCUAGCAAACAAGCCAUAGCUUAUCUCUCAGGAUCUAUGAAAAAACCAAAUCAGAAGAACUUACCAGAGAAUCAAUCUAUCCUGAUAUCCAACAAUCAGUCUAAUGUAAACGCCAACAAUCAGAAAUUGUUCAUAACUCCAAUGAACAUGCCUAAAAUUCAAAAUACUAAGUUCAUUUUGCCUGUAACAUUGCCUGCAACAAUGGCUUCCAAAGGACCCAUUAUUAAUUUGCAAAUAGCUAAUGGGCAAAUACAAAAUGAUCCACAAGGAAAUAUUACAGUAAUGAGAGACACUGCUUUGGAUUCCCAAGACAUGCCACCUUUGCAACCACUUGGAAAAGUUAUUAUGAAUGGUAAAGAUGUGCCACAAAGCCCAAAAAAUGAUAAAGCUUUUACAUUGUCAAUACCUGGGUCAAGAGCAGAACCAACAGGUGAACAGGGAGAAUAUACACUGUCGAUACCUGAAACAAAUUCUGCCAUGAACGAUGACAUCUAUACUGUGUCUAUUGCAGAUGAUGAUGGUGGCCAUAGAGAGAAAUCAUUUACUCUAGCUAUACCAGAGAAAGGCAAGAGUUUGUUAAAUAGAAACAUGGUUGAACGACAUGAAGUAGGGACAGUUAGUAUAGCUGCCCCUGCGAUUUUACGACGAUCAAACUCUGACAACAGCGAUAGAAAGACAGCGAAUGCAAGUAUGAAGCGCCGCAUAUCCUUAUGUGCAGAAAACUUAUCUAACAGGAAUAGAAUGCCAUUGCCACUGCCAUUACCCAAAAUCGAAAAAAUUGAGGAUCCAGCAGAGGCUGAAAAUAAUGAUGAUCAUCGUGUACCCUCCCUGUUCUGUGAUGAAAAAUUAGACAAAGAUCUAGAGGCUAAACAUUUGGAUUCAGAUUCUGAAGAUUAUAAAGAAACUAAGCCUGAUAAUCUCAAAGAGGCAAAUACCCAUGAAACAUAUUAUCCUAAAAUUGAGGAUUUCAGUAAAAAUGAUACCAAAGAAGGCAUUUUAGAAGAGGAUCCCCCAGGUCUUAUAUGGAAUAAUGGAGUUGCUAGAUUACAAGGCAGCACUCUUCAAUUUCAGACCAAUGAGUUUGGGCUCAUAGACUUGCUAGAUGGCAGUGAUCGGGAAGAAGUGGGUAACCAUUCAAAAUACCAAACCCCGGCAAAGCCACGAAACAAAAAACCCCUCUCUCCUGAAGAUUUGUUCCGCUGUGAAUGUUGCGGCUGUCAUGGCAUGGCGGCAGAGUUUAUUACCCCCACGUUCUGCAGUGCUGCCUGCCAGUCUGAAGUAGAAAAAGCCUUACAAAAGAAAAAGGAUAGGGAACGUAUUGACUUGGUCAAAAAAAAGAAUAAGAUUAAGAAGUUGCUGAUGAGGAAGCAACUGUCAGAAUCUGAUAUUCCUACAGAAGCUAAAGAAGACAAAAUAUUGCUAAAGCAUUAUGAUUCAAUGCCAGCUGACCAGCUAUCAGAGGCUGCAUUACUGAAAAUCAGCGAGGAUUUAGUGGAAAACGAGAAGUACCCCUGGAUGUGUGGAAAGAAUGGCUUCUCAUGGAUGCGAUACCUCGAUAUUUGUAAAGCAAAAGCUGCUCCUGUUAAACUCUUCAAGAACCCAUUCCCUUACACUAGAAACGGAUUUAAAGUUGGAAUGCGACUAGAAGCUAUAGAUCCACAGCAUCCUUCACUGUUCUGUGUCGUUUCUGUUGCUGAAGUACAAGGAUACAGGAUACGACUUCACUUCGACGACUUCCCAGAUGUCUAUGACUAUUGGGUGAAUGCAGACUCUGUGGAUAUAUUCCCCCCCGGCUGGUGUGAAAAGAAUGGGCGGUCAUUGAAGCCGCCGGGUAAAAUGUCUUCGUCUAGUUUCACGUGGCCGCUGUAUUUGAAACAGUUGAGAGCAGUCGCCGCACCUAGGAACUUAUUUCCACAUAUAACAGCUGCGGUGUUCAAACCACACUGUUUCCGUGUGGGUAUGAAGUUGGAGGCUGAAGAUCGCAAGAAUGACCUAGUAUGCGUGGCGUCCAUUGCUGACGUCUUGGACAAUAGGAUGCUGAUCAACUUUGACUCUUGGGAUGAAAUGUACGACUUCUGGGUGGACCCGACCUCACCCUACAUACAUCCUGUAGGAUGGGCUGAAGAAAACGGAAUCCCUUUGACGCCGCCCAAUUUUUACAAAGAUCCUGACACAUUUUCGUGGGAGAACUAUUUGGCGGAGACGGGAGCAUCUCCGGCACCAUCACGCGCCUUCAAGCCUCGGCCGCCCCAGGGAUUCAAGCCUGGCAUGAAGCUGGAGGUGGUGGACAAAAGGGUGCCUUUCCUCAUCCGAGUGGCCACGAUCAUUGCUGUAAAGGGGCACCAAGUGCAAGUAUCUUUCGAUGGCUGGCCAGAAGAAUUGGCGUGCUGGUUCGAUGAUGAUUCCCCAGACUUGCAUCCAGUUGGUUGGUGUCUCAAAACAGGACAUCCACUAGAACCACCACUCACUGCAGAAGAAUUGCGGAUUGUGGGUCCUUGCGGCGUGGGUGGAUGUCGCGGGCUCGGGUCUGUGCGUGGUGGCGCGCACAAGCACCACGCGGCGGCCUCCGCCUGCCCCUACCGAGAGCCACCAUCGCGCGCGCCCGACCGCCUCGCCGAGCGGGACGCUGACCACGCUCUACCUAGGGAACGCAGAGUGCUCACCAAACAGCCCAAGGCAAACUCAAUACACACGAGUACUCCCACUAGCGAUACUAAAGAGAGACCAAGAGGCAGGCCCCCGAAACAUAAGCGCAUUGAAGAAGUUGCCAAGAAUGAUCCGGGUUCGGACGACGACUCGCUGUCGAGCGGUGGCGGCAAACGAUGGCGCAGCGGUCGGUCAGACACACGCACGCUGCGCACGUACUCGCGCGCCUCGCUGUGCGCGCCCGACCGCGCCUCGUGCGUACCCGCGCCGCCGCCCGCCCCGCUCCGCGACCAUCUCGCCACUCACCUCGCCGCGCACCUCUCAGCACUCGCGCUACCACAUGAUCCUACUAUUUGGACACAGAGCGACGUGGUGGCAUUGGUGAGUCGGAUAGCUGGCGAGGCGGCGGGCGCGGCGGCGGCGGCUGCGCGGCUGUCUGGCGCGGAGCUGGUGAUGGCGUCGCGUGACGAGCUCGUGCAGUGCGUGCGCCUGCGCCUGGGGCCCGCCGUCAAGAUCUACAGCGCCAUACGACAGCUCCGCGAGAACUAUACGUGAUCGCGCGCCAUCGCUAGGGCCAUCCUCAUGCUCGUAUGAAGCGAUGUGUGCCGCUAGUGACGUGCCAUACCUAACGUACCAAACUAACUGUGUAUAUAAUGCUCAACUCUGUGUUGCUAAGUUAACCUUGUGCUCAUUGUGUUAUAUGAAAGACCCUCGAAAACAUUUAAAAUCAUAUAAAACUGAGUGUUGCACAUUCUAAAGUUAAUUUCUAUGGUGUCACAUUGAUGAUGUAGUGUAUUAUGUUUGUUACCGUUAUAGGGAUGGGAUGGAUUACGAGUUUAGUUAUUAUGAUUUCGUGCUCAUUUAUAUAUUUGCAGCAUUAAUUGUGUUGAGUAGUUUGUGGAAAUUAUGAGAUAUUGCUUUAUUGGCCAAAUUAGAUUUCAUACAAGUGCUUGGUCUUAGUAUUUGUUGUGACUGUUGUAAUAUUUAAGAAUUUAGUCUAAUAAAGCUAUAUUAUUUUUAAAUUACAAUUCUCAGCCAAUCAAACAGAAUGUAUCAAAAUUUUGAAAAUGAGUAAUGUGUACCAUAAGUUAUUGAUUUGAUUGUUUGUAUCAAGCAAUAUUUAAUAAUACAUAUAUUAUAUUUUAGCACAAAACACUAAGAUUUAAAUGAGGCUUUAAUUGCGGAGGUUGUGAUUGUAUGCAAUCUUAGUGUCGUGACUUUGAAUAGAAAUUAUUUAGGAAAUUUAUAAUAACAUCUACAUUUUAGACAACGGAGAUCAAAAUGUAUCUAUCAAAAAUUAAUGUGUUAUUUUUUUAUACAUGUGGGUGUAAACAAUUUGUAAAAGCUGUCUAUCAAUAUACAAUUAUAAUAAACCAGCUUUUCUUGGUACCAUAAUUAGUAGGACACUUACUACUUACCUACUCUAAUAUAAUACAUGUCUGAUAUGAUUUUCCAUAUAUAUAUUGCUAAAGUAUUUAUCUCAUGACAAGAAUGAGAAAUGGAAUAAUAAUAUUUGUUUCUUAAAAUUACACUACACCCUAGCAUUAUUAAUGUCUGUAGUUUAUUUGAUAAUUGAAUAUCUGAGCAGUUUUUUAAAGGACACAAUGUUGUAUUUUGUAAAUAUUAAGACCAUGUACAUAAUAUUUAGUGCAAUGUAGUGUUAAUGUUAUUUUUACUUUGUCACCUCUUUGUAAUGUCUUAAAUACAGAAACGUUUUUAGUUCAUUUAAAUAGACAGUCUUUAUUAGUCAGUGUUAGUUGAAUAUUACUUAAUAAUUUAUGAAAUAUCUCUUCGAGUUUAUUUUAAAGAGUUAGGAAAUUAGUUAUAGACAAGAAUGGAAUUUUAUUUGGUUUUAACAAUCAUGUAUUGUUUAUUGUCUAAUCUAAAUUAAUAGAAAACUAAAAUAUGUGUUUUAUUAACAGUGAUGUAGGCAAAUAUAAGACUUGUUGAAAGAUGAUGUGUUAAUAAACAGCUAAUGAUGGAUUAGAUCUAAAGUGUAAAAUAUUUAUUUUGAAAGUGUCUAGAAAAUAUGUAUUGAAAUCCAAAUUAUUUUGGGUUACUUUUUAUUUUUACAAAGAGUGUCCCUAUGCUUUCAAGGGAAAUUAUAUUUGUGACUAUUUGUAAAUAUUAUAAUAGGCUGCUGUAAUGUUUUCUAAAGCGCCACAUUUGUACAUAGUGCUGCGUACGGAUAUUGAUGUAAGUUUUUACACAAUGACGACUAGUUAGUAUUAUAGUGCCAUUGUCUUUGGCACCAAAUAUUUUAUUGUUACUCUGUAAUUUAAUAAAAACUCUGAAAGUA